AUGCUCCAUUCCCAAUACAUCCCAAUCGCGACCAAAGCCCAUCCUAAACACUGGCGGCUUUCUGGGCAGCUGAACACGUACAACGCCAGUUCUCGUUUACGCCAUUUGGCGAUUGGAGCUGGCCUUUUGAUUCUCGCUGCUUUUUUGUAUUCGAGCCAUUUCACGAAACACUUCGUCGCGCCCCUUGACCUUGACCAACCACCCACGUAUGAGAAGCUGUGGAAGUGGGAGAGGGACUUGCCCCAGCAUAAUCUUGAUUUGCCAUUUCCUGAGGGUCGGACGGGGAGGUAUGUGCUGUUUAAGAAUCAAGUUCAGAUGUUGGGAUGGAAUAACCAUUUGAACGAAAUCCUUAUGAACGCGCACCUGGCGUACAAGUCAGGCAGAGCCUACGUAUUCCAGGACUACAUCUGGAAGCCUGAUUAUUACCCUUGGCCACAAAGUAAAUUCAGGAUCUCAGUCCCCCACACGCCUCUCAACGCUCUCAUGUCCGGACCAGCAGCAGGCGGCCCUUGGGAUCCCGAGGAUCCCGCACCUCGCUCGGUAUCUGAAAAAUGGUUCGACAUUGUUUGCCCAAAGUCCGAGCGCCGCAUCAUCAACACGCGCGACGUCAAGCCUGCGAUAUAUUGGGAGAACGGGGACGUCAUUUUCGAGCAUUGGGAAAAACUCCUCAAAGAUGCACCAGAGAGGUGUAUUGAAGUCCAAGCAGAAAGUCGAUCGAAAGACGGUUUCCCCCAGACGUUUGAUUUAUACCUCUGGGGAUCUUCGCGCGUACUGCCAUUGUGGGAGUCGUUCAAGAACUCACCAGUGUCCCGAUUGCUCGCUACUUCCCCCAUCGUCCAAUCCGCCGUGGACAGGAACGAGUAUCUUUUCCUUCCCAGAGGUCCACGGGUCCCUCGUCCUGCCACAAGGGAUCCUUACGAUCGGAUGUUGGCUAUACAUCUUCGACGGGGAGAUUUCAAGGAAGCCUGUGGAAGGCUAGCGACGUGGAACUCGACAUUCUACAGCUGGAACCUCCACCCUUUCCUUCCAGACAGCUUCACCCCCCCGCCCGGAGGCGAAUGGGGCAAAAACACCCCAGAAAACGAGGCGAUAUACAUGGAACGAUGCCUCCCCACCGACGAGGCUAUCAUCAAAAAGAUACGGGACUCUCGCGCGGAUUAUCUUCGCGCGUCGCCAGCGGGCAAGACGAGGACGUUGGAUACGAUUUUUUUGUUGACGAAUGAUAAGAGUGAUUGGUUGGAGAGGUUGAAGGUUGCUCUUAGGAAGGAGGGGUGGUAUACGAUUGCUACGACGUGGGAUUUGGAGCUUGAUCAGGAGCAGAAGGAUGUGGGGAUGGCUGUUGAUAUGGAUAUUGCGCGCAAGGCGGCGGUGUUUAUUGGGAAUGGGUGGUCGUCAUUUACGAGUAAUAUCUUGCAUCGACGCUUGGUCGAUGGGAAAGAACCCAUCAGCAAUCGGUUCUAUUGA